CAGCGUUUGGUAUCGCUCCAAUUCUUCUUUAUGUUGAAACUCAAGUUGCAAUACCACGAUAUUUAUACUCGUAUAUAGAAAGAGAAACAGGGAAUGUGCGUAUUUCCUUCUCCACGUGUAAUCAACUUAAUCUUGUGAGAUAAUUGAUACUCUUGUGCGGUACGCAUAAAGGCGUACACCGGUGCCUCUCUACGCUUUGAUCUUCACACACUCACACACAUAUUACAUCGUCUUAAUUCAAUCAAUCAUCGGGAAGUUGGUGAGACAUGGCCGGCGCAAUGUGGCCUGGAGUACUACUAUUAUUGGUGUUACUAGCAGUGCUGCUGCAUCCAUCAAGAUGUACGCAGCCAAAAGUGAACUUUCGGGAGAAAGAGAAGCAAGUGCUCGACAACAUCCUAGGACCAGGCCGAUACGAUGCGCGCAUCCGGCCGAGCGGGGAGAACGGAACAGAUGGUCCGACAAAUGUGAAGGUCAACAUCUUUCUCCGCUCUAUCAGCAAAAUAGAUGAUUAUAAUAUGGAAUACUCCGUACAAUUAACAUUUCGGGAACAAUGGUUGGAUGAGAGAUUACGGUUUAAUGACUUUGGAGGUAAACUUAAAUAUUUAACCCUGACGGAGGCUAGCCGCGUCUGGAUGCCAGAUUUGUUCUUCUCGAACGAGAAGGAGGGUCACUUCCAUAAUAUCAUUAUGCCGAACGUAUACAUACGAAUUUUCCCGCAUGGCUCGGUUCUUUAUAGUAUACGGAUAUCCUUGACGCUCUCGUGUCCCAUGAAUUUGAAACUGUAUCCCCUGGAUCGACAAACUUGCUCACUUCGUAUGGCGAGUUACGGAUGGACGACGGACGAUUUGGUCUUUCUCUGGAAGGAAGGCGACCCCGUUCAAGUGGUUAAGAAUUUACACCUACCCCGGUUCACCCUCGAGAAAUUCCUCACGGACUACUGCAAUAGUAAGACGAACACCGGAGAGUACAGUUGCUUGAAAGUGGACCUGCUCUUCAAGAGAGAGUUCAGUUACUAUCUCAUUCAAAUCUACAUCCCAUGCUGUAUGCUCGUUAUCGUGUCCUGGGUGUCUUUCUGGCUGGAUCAGAGCGCCGUGCCUGCUCGGGUGUCAUUAGGCGUUACGACACUGCUGACAAUGGCCACACAGACAUCGGGGAUAAACGCCUCACUGCCACCGGUCUCCUACACGAAGGCUAUCGACGUUUGGACAGGAGUGUGCUUGACCUUCGUGUUCGGUGCACUACUUGAAUUCGCGCUGGUCAACUACGCGUCGCGUAGCGACAUGCACAGCGACAACAUAAAGAAGCAGUUUCCACAGAACGAGAUGGAACAUUCGUCGUCGAUUGAUCCGUCUUCGGAAUUGCUCGAGCCGGAUGGAUCCGCCAACUUCGCUAUGCAACAGCAGACUCACGGCAGUAAUCCGUCGAUGACGCAACAUCAUUCGCUGCCACGUACGUAUCAACAGGACCAUCAUCAUCAGCAGCAGCACCACCAUCAUCAUCAGUUACAUCGUCAUCAGCGUUAUCAUCCAAAUCGUUCGCCAUCACCGACUUUCUCGCUGCUGAACGACGAAGACUGCGUCGCCGGCCGAUGUUCGCCGAUGAAAACAACGCGACAUCACUCACAUAGGAGCUCGGCGAGGUCGUCGCCGUCGCGAUGGCCUUCGCCAGCAUCCUCAGCGUCGCCUCUGGAUACGCCGUUGCGUGCCGCAACACCUUCGCCGAUUGCGGUACCGAUUUCGUCCACGACAUCGCUGCCCAUGUCGGCUACGAUAUCGUCGAAAACGCGUUACUGGCUGAGAAAAUUGCUUUUAUGUGGAUAUCCGGAUGAUGCCCGAGGCAGCGCGAGAAUCGACUACAUUGCGCGCUAUGCCUUCCCAUUCAUGUUCAUUCUCUUCAACGUCUUGUACUGGUGUAUUUAUACGGGUCAUGAAGGCGACAAUGUCGGUAUAGAAAAGUGAAGAAGGAUAGCGUAUACAAAAUUAUGUGUACGAAAACUGAGUGAUUCGUCAAGUCGGAUAAAUCCUUGAAAAAAUACCGAGGCAAACUUUUUACGAGCUCCGAUUAUAAGAUACAUUAAUAUCAAUAAUGAUAUUUUGCAAUCAGACUAUGUUUGCUCGACGAGGACUGACCGGAGGCACUUCGACGUAGAGAUAAACCUUCACUGUUCGCGCCCGAAACGAAAAUACUUCAGGACGAGGAUCAUCUAAAGCAACGAGGAUGUUAGCGACGUUCAGAACACAUCUCGCGACGGUCAAAAUGAUGAGGAUGAAAUAUAACAUCUUAAUUGCGUAUUAUAUCUCAUACACACACACACACACACACACACACACACACACACACACACGCACGCACACAUAGACAUAUACACGUAUGCAUGCAUGUAUGCACAUCGUACUCAAUAAUUUGCUCGGAAGACCGCGUGCCACAGACUGAAUUGAAGUAGAGGGCCCUGUAUAGCCACGGCCUGUUAACAAUGAAAGAAAAAAAGAGGCGUAAAAUUUAUAAGUAUAAAUAUAUUUACGUUGCGCGAGAUUGUGCGCUGUUGGACCGCGAACGUAUCCGUCAUUGCGAAAUUAACGUCGGAUAGUUCGUCGGAUCCAAUAAAUAUUAUUGUAAGAUGAGAUAAUGGUGAGAUAACACACGGCACGUCGAGACAACGCGGUUCGCUUCAGCUUUUCCACGUAAAACGACAAUUGUCUCAAUAAGUACACGAGACAUUUCUCAUCAUUGAGUUUCAAGAAUACGAAAUAAUCGGCGUUGACGCUGCGUCAUGUGUUAUCCUUCCUCAAGCCUGUAUAAGAUGCACACGAGGAUCGGUUGCGGAAUGUUCGACGCUGGAAAAAAAAAUAUUGAAAGUUAUGUGUCUAGAAAGGUGUCGAACGUUCGAUCUUUCGGGUGUAUAGAUCAACCUGUUGGUAUCUGGCA